CAUAGUUUAACGAUAAUGACAGCUCCCAAAAUAGUCAUAUGACAACAAAAUGGUGGUCGUCAAAGCGAUGAAAAUAACUACCUGCUUCGUUUUAUUAUGUUUGAUAGAAAUUACCACACAAGAUCCAGUGCCUGUUGUCAUCUGGCAUGGCAUGGGAGACAGUUGCUGUAAUCCAAUAAGUAUGGGAUCUAUAAAAAGUCUUAUAGAGAAGCAAGUUCAAGGAAUUUAUGUUAAAUCUCUUGAAAUUGGUAAUAAUAUUGCCGAGGAUAUGGAGAAUGGAUUUUUAAUGAAUGUCAACGAUCAGGUUACUAUGGCUUGUAAAUUGAUUAGUAAUGAUUCUAAAUUACAAAAUGGUUACAACUCAGUUGGGUUCUCUCAGGGUGGACAGUUUCUGCGAGCUGUGGCGCAGAGAUGUCCAACACCACGCAUGUUCAACUUGGUUUCUGUUGGUGGCCAGCACCAAGGUGUGUAUGGUUUUCCCAAAUGUCCAGGUGACAAUAGCACCCUAUGUAAUAUUGUAAGAAAACUUCUCAACUAUGGUGCUUAUGUAAGCUUUGUACAAGAUCAUUUAGUACAAGCUGAAUAUUGGCAAGAUCCUCUGAAUCUAGAUGAAUAUCGAAAUAAGAGUGUUUUUCUGGCUGACAUCAACCAGGAGAGAACCAAGAAUCCUGUGUAUAAAGAAAAUUUACUGAAACUGAAAAAUUUGGUGUUGGUUAAAUUUCUUGAAGAUACCAUGGUUGACCCCAAGGAGAGCGAGUGGUUUGGAUUCUAUGUACCAGGUCAAGCUAAGAAACUGUUAAGUGUAUUUGAAACACCUUUAUAUCAACAGGAUUGGUUGGGAUUGAAGAAAUUAAAUGAAACAGGACGACUUCAUUUCUUAAGUUCUGACUCAGAUCAUCUGAGAUUCACCGAUGAUUGGUUCAUCAGCAACGUCAUAAAUAAAUUCUUUAAAUAAUUCAACAAAACAAUUUUAUUACAGCUUAAUGCUCCACAGAUAAUAUUUUUUUUCUGGUUUUUAGAACAGCAAAUACCUAAGUAACUUGGAACAUUAUUUUUGUUUGUUAGAACUACAGUGUAGUUUUGUAUUGCUGUAUGUGACAAUUUAUUUAUUAUACCAUUAAAGCUUACAUCAAAAUUAUAUGUGAUGGUCUUCUGCCGGCUUACAUAAUUAUUAAAUUGGCUUACAUAGUUAUUAAAUCGACAAUAUUUAUUAAACUUGUUGUAGAAGGUGACAUUUUGUCCACAUACACAGAAAUAAACUGAAAUGGGGUUUAACAUCCUUCUUUUCUGCACCAACAUACUGCACGCAGCGACCCAUCUACGUCAUACUUCCCAGAAUGUGACACUGCACUGAUUAUCCGCCAUUUAAAACGAUCAUGUGAUUAUUUUGGGGCGGGACUUAUCGAUUCGACACCGCUUUGUUUAGACAACAAAGUAAAAAUAACCCACGCACGUGUGUUUUAUGUAAACACGGCAUGUCGCUGACACUUGUGUAAAAGCGAUAUAUAAUAUGUGCUAUGGGUAAUAUUGCAAUAAACUCUUUACCAUUGUAAACUGUCUUUAGAGUUUAAAUCUGUUUAUCUUUCAAAACAAGGUUAGAUACUCCUAAAUUUGUUUUCGCAAACAAAACCGCCUCUGUAAAAUUAUGUUUCAUGGGCGCCGCCAUAUUGAAUAAUUAGAGGACUAUUUUGUGAUUCGGCUUUGAUUAGUUUGACAUCUUUCAUACACACAGCGGCUAAAUAAACAUAUUUAAUUUCAUUCAAUAUGACAAUAGAAGAGAAAUAAAUACUUUUAAAAUUUUCUAAAAGCAUACUCAGUGUUUUCGACUAAAAUCGUCGAUGUAGGAAUUUAAAUGUCGGUUAAUUAGCUUAGGGCCUAUUCUCAGCCGGAGCUAGCUGUAGAUAGGCAGCCUAAGUUUGGGAUGCUGCACCAAUUGGAUAAUGAAGAUGAAGCAUAGAACAUGAGAAAAAUAAAAUAGUGCUUUCCUUCACUGAUUAGUUGAUUUAACAGUCCAGUAAACGUGUCAAAAUGAAUUGAGCAGGUCCUUAAUAAAACUAAUUUUUUAUUUAUGUUUUGUAUUUCAGCAAUGCAAAAGAGUAAAGUAAUUUAUUUUAUGUAAUAUCAAAAUAUGUAUAUUGGUUACUCUUGUAAAUAUUGAAGUUUUUGUUACAUUUUUUCUAAACAUGGGUUCCAUAUUAUUACCAUGCAAGUUAUUUUUUUUAUGUUGCCUAAAUAUUUAUCUAAUAAAAAUGUGUUCA